AUGGAACUCAACAGCUCUGUACAAAAUCCUGAAAGGAAGGAAUAUUCUUCUGUAUGUGUUGGCAGAGAAGAUGACAUUAAAAAAAUGGGAAGAAUGACAGCUGUUGUUCAUGAUCGAGAAGUAGUCAUUUUCUACCACAAAGGAGAAUAUCAUGCUAUGGAUAUUCGCUGUUACCAUUCAGGAGGACCUUUACAUUUGGGGGAAAUAGAGGAUUUUGAUGGACGAUCUUGUAUUGUUUGCCCCUGGCAUAAAUUCAAAAUUACUUUGGCAACAGGAGAAGGAAUCUAUCAGGCUAUAGACCCCAAAGACCCAUCAGCCAAACCCAAGUGGUGCUCCAAAGGAAUAAAGCAAAGGCUUCAUAAAGUGACAGUGGACAAUGGGAAUAUAUAUGUAACUCUUAACAAUGAACCUUUUAAAUGUGACUCUGAUUUUUAUGCCACUGGAAACUUCAAGGUAAUCCAAAGUUCUUAA